AUGUUAGAAGGCAAACCCUGUCCACAUUCCCCUUUCCCAGGACUGCUGGCGGGCUUGUGCCCUGAAGGCUGGGACUGGAUGCUGCCACACAAGACCUGCCUGCUGUGCCAAGGCCCAAGGGGGUGCACUCGUGGGCAUCCAAGGACAGCCCCCUCCAUAUCUCUUUUGUCGACGGUGUUUUGGGGUGCCCUCCUAUGGGCUGCAUCCCUCCCUCAUCUGGUGAUGGGAACAGGAACUUUCACUGUGGGGGUACUGGGUCCUUGGGACUGUGACCUCACCUUUGCCCAGGCCAUCCCUAGUGUGGCUGCCCAGCUGGCUGUGAAUCGAGUCAACCAGGAUUCCUCAUUAUCCCUGGGCUCACGGCUAGCUUCUGUAGUCCUCCCCACAGGCUGCAACACCUCUCAUGCCCUGACCACAUUCCUAGCCCACAAGAAUACUGUGGCUGCUUUUGUGGGUCCUGUCAAUCCUGGUUACUGCCCCGCAGCAGCCCUUCUGGCCCAAAGCUGGGGCAAGACCCUCUUUUCCUGGGCAUGUGAGGCUCCAGAGGGUGGGGGUGAACUGGUGCCCACUUUGCCUUCUGCUGCUCAUGUGCUGCUGUCUGUCAUGAGACACUUUGGCUGGGCUCGCUCAGCUAUUGUGUCCUCCCAUCAAGACAUCUGGGUGGCCACAGCCCAGCAGCUGGCCACAACUUUCAGGACACAUGGGCUACCUGUGGGGCUGGUGACUUCUCUGGGGCCUGGAGAGCAGGGGGCCUCAGAGGUCUUAAAGCAGCUCUACAGCAUAGAUGGUCUGAAAAUUGUGGUGCUGUGCAUGCACUCAGCAUUGCUGGGAGGCUUGGAACAGACUGCCCUGCUGGCCCAUGCUGGUGCCCAGGGCCUAGCGGAUGGAAGACUGGUCUUCCUGCCCUAUGAUACGCUCCUCUUUGCCCUGCCCUACCACAACCACUCCUACCCCAUCCUGGGUGACAGGGGGCCCCUGCAGGAGGCCUACGACGCGGUGCUCACUGUCAGCCUGGAGUCCAUCCCUGAAAAUGAGGCUUUUGCUGCUGCUGGGAUGGGUAGAGAAGUGCCUGCCCACCUGGAGCUACAGCAGGUGUCCCCACUCUUUGGAACCAUCUAUGAUGCUGUUGUCCUGUUGGCCCAUGCCCUGAACCACUCAGAGAGCCAGGGAGCAGGGCUCUCAGGAGCAAGCUUAGGGAACCAUACAGGAACUCUUGACGUGACAGGCUUUAGCCAGAGGAUCCGGACCAAUGAGAGGGGCAGGAGGCUGGCCCAAUAUGUCAUCUUGGACACUGAUGGUCAAGGAAGCCAGUUGGUCCCCACAUACGUUAUGGACACAGCCACAUGGCAAGUGAAGCCCUUGGGCAAGGCCAUACACUUUCCAGGAGGGGCUCCUCCAGCCUCUGACUCCAGCUGCUGGUUUGACCCCAAUACACUUUGUAUGAGAGCUACACAGCCCCUGAGCAGUCUCCUGGCUCUGGCACUGGCCUGCAUCCUGGCACUGGCUGGAGGGGUCCUCAUUGUCCUCCUCAGACUGGGGAUCCAGCAGCUGCAGCUGAUAUGGAGCCCCCACCGCAUCCUGCUGACAGCCCAGGAACUCACCUUCCUCCACAAGCACUCAAGCCAAUGGCAGCUGAACGUGGACAAUGUAAGUGAAUCAAGAAGCAUGGCUGAUGGUGGGAGCCUGAGGUCAGUGGCCCAGAUGUCAGCAAGGAGUCUGUCAGCCGUCUGUCAGACCAACAUGGCCUUGUACCAGGGAGACUGGGUUUGGCUGAAGAAGUUUGAAGCAGGCACAGCGCCUGAGCUGCUCCCCAGCUGCCUCAGCCUCCUGAGGAAGAUGAGAGAGAUGCAUCAUGAGAAUGUUACCACCUGCCUGGGCUUUUUCAUGGCCCCUGGGGUCAGCGCUGUAGUGCUGGAGUACUGCACCCGGGGCAGCCUGGAGGACCUGCUGCACAACGAGGCCCUCCGGCUAGACUGGACCUUCAAGGCCUCCCUACUUCUGGACUUGAUCCAAGGCAUGCGAUACUUGCAUCACCGACACUUCCCCCAUGGCCGCCUCAAGUCCCGGAACUGUGUAGUGGAUGGCCGCUUUGUGCUCAAGGUCACUGACUACGGCUAUGCUGAGCUCCUGCAUGCCCAGCAGUCGCCUGGACCCCAGCCAUCCCCAGAAGAGCUGCUGUGGACGGCUCCUGAGCUCCUUCGGGGUCCCCGGGAGCCCUGGCGGGGCACCCUCCAAGGGGAUGUCUUCAGCAUGGGCAUCAUCUUUCAAGAGGUGCUGACCCAAAGCCCACCCUACUCAUCCUGGGGGCUUUCAGCAGGAGAAAUCAUCAGGAAGGUGGCAUUUCCCCCUCCCCUGUGCCGGCCACAGGUGUCUGCUGACCGUGGGCCACACAUGUGCAUCCAACUGAUGAAGCAGUGCUGGGAAGAAGCUCCUGAUGACAGACCAAGCCUGGACCAGAUCUACACCCAGUUCAGAAGCAUCAAUCAAGGCAAGAAGACCAGUGUUGCUGACUCCAUGCUGCAGAUGCUGGAGAAGUAUUCUCAGAGCCUGGAGGAGCUGGUGCAGGAGAGGACAGAGGAGCUGGAGCUGGAGAGGCAGAAGACAGAGAGGCUGCUCUCACAGAUUCUCCCCCCGUCUGUGGCUGAAGCUCUGAAGAUGGGGACAACUGUGGAGCCAGAGUACUUCGACCAGGUUACCAUCUACUUCAGUGACAUUGUGGGUUUCACCACCAUCUCAGCCCUGAGUGAACCCAUUGAGGUGGUGGGCUUGCUCAAUGACCUCUAUACACUAUACGAUGCUGUUCUGGGCAGCUAUGAUGUAUAUAAGGUGGAGACCAUUGGAGAUGCCUACAUGGUGGCUUCGGGACUACCCCAGCGCAACGGGAGCCGACAUGCAGCUGAAAUUGCCAACAUGGCCCUGGACAUCCUCAGCUCUGUGGGUGGCUUCCGGAUGAGGCACGCGCCAGAUGUACCCAUUCACAUCAGGGUUGGGCUGCACUCAGGACCCUGCGUGGCAGGGGUCGUGGGUGUCACCAUGCCUCGGUACUGCCUCUUUGGGGACACUGUCAACACUGCAUCCCGGAUGGAGUCCACAGGUUUGCCCUACAGAAUCCACAUCAGUGGAAGCACCGCCCAAGCCCUGCUCAGCCUUGAUGAAGGCUACAAAAUUGAUGUCAGAGGUCAGACAGAGUUGAAGGGGAAGGGCAUGGAGGAGACCUACUGGCUGGUGGGGAAAACAGGUUUCCCCAGGCCCCUGUCCACACCACUGCACAUCAAACCUGGAGACCCCUGGCAGGACCUCAUAAACCAAGAAAUCAAGGCAGCCUUCGCCAAAGCUCGCCAGGGCUCAAGUGUGCCCGGGAGCUCAGGCGAAGCCCUGGUCCAGCACUGAGGAGCAGACAGAGUGGGGCAGUGCUUGCACCAGCCUGAGGCUUCUGUGCCCCCCACUCCCCACAAACCCUGUCCCACUUCCUACAAAAGACUCUUGCUGAGCAACCUGGUGGCCACUGACUGCUCAUUAAUAAGAGCCCACGAGCGAUCCUAACCAGCGGUUCCUGUACAG